UUAAAAUGGAGUGGGCCCUGUAGUAGAUUCUGGUCCAAAUAAUUUACGUCAAAAGUGAUUAUGAGAUAUUUACGUGAUAGGUCACAAUCCCUCUCUUUACGUCAGAACCAAUAACGACCUUUUCUGUGGUGAAAUUAGAUGAAACAGAGUGGGCCCUGUACUGUAUCCGGAAGAACAAGAAUAGACAAUAAGGGCCAAUUUGUUUCACUCUUGUGGCAUACGCCGUUUCGCUGCGUGCAACCGGCUAGGCAUUCGUUCGGCUUUCCGGCACUGCCCAGGUCUAUGCGGCGUACGCCAAUGUGUGCCGGUCUUGCGAGAUAGGCAAAGCGGCAAAUCCUGUAUUUUUGUGAUAUAAAAUCAGGUUUACAGAACAUACAAAUAUGGAUUUAAGAAGAGUGAAAAAUGAAGAUAAACUUGAACUUUGUAGAAAAUACUACCUAGGUGGUUUUGCCAUGCUACCAUUCCUUUGGUUUGUCAAUUCUGUAUGGUUUUUCAAAGAAGCAUUCUUCAAAGCCCAAUAUGAACAGCAGAAACAGAUAAGGACAUAUGUGAUUCGGUCAAUAAUUGGUUCGGUGAUAUGGAUAGCUAUAAUAGUGACUUGGGUGACAAUAUUUCAGUUAAAACGUGCCGAGUGGGGAGCUGCGGCAGACUAUAUGUCAUUUAUCAUUCCGAGAGGAGAACCUUGAUGCUUCCAAUACAAUAUCUGUGUAAACAAGUAUGUGCUGAUUUUUAUUUAAGAAAUGCCAGUGAAAGAACUUUGUAUGACAGCUUUUCAUGACUGGGUAUGGAAUGUAAAUUUAUGUCAUGUAUAUAUGAAACAGAGUUGUGGAAUUUCAGACAGUUUAAUGAUUUAUGACAUUUUUAAAUGUCAGUCCCACCCAGUCAUACGAAAUGUCAUACAGCAGUGAUUGUUCGCCUCUCUGAUGGAGCUGGAUCUCCAAGUGAAGUGAGUUUUAAUGCCAAAAUAAGUUUCAACCUAAAUGUAUUCUUUACAGUGGACCAACUAAAAAAUCAUUGUAUAAAAAUUAUCUUUAAUUUAAUUGACUGCUUGCAUUGUUAUGAAGUAAAACACUGUUCCCUCAAUGUUUGAAAGAGGAUGGACAAAAUGUUGUUUGAGAGGCUCAAACACGGAAAAAUACGAGAAAAAGGACUUACGAUGACAUGAGGUCAGCUGUGAUACUCAAGCCUGCUGAAGUACCACAUGUUUCAUUAUAUUUAUUACAUCACUGAAAACAAUUCCAUAAGUAUAAUUUGACUACAACUUCAUAUUUACACAUGAAUAGCAUUUUGCAUGUAUUUCAUAUAUGAAUACCAUAUGAAUAUUUUUUUUAUUCUUUCUUUUCAAAUAUACAUCUAUAUUAGAAACAAGUUUCAAAAAAUGGCCUUUGGGUGUUCCUAAAACAAGAGGAAGUACGAAAGGUGUGGCAUAUAAAUAUGAAGCAGUGCUGUAGUUUAUAAUUAUGUUUUCCUGCUAUAAAUUCUCCCAGAAGUCUCUGAAGAAGUUGUGUAAACUUGUCGAUUAUGUGACCAGUGGCCUGUAUUCAUCUUUCUUGUUUUGUUUUCACAAUCUUUUAGUCUUUUUUGAUAUUGCUGCUUGUUGCGACGAUUUUAUUAUGUUAGAGAUUGAUAAAACUCUUUAGGAUAUAUUUGAAAAAGAAAUAAGAUAGGGUUGUAAGCUUGGCUUUAAAUUUGGACCUCAGCAAGUUUUCAUAAUGGGAGUAUGUUGGAAAAUAACAAUUUUGAAGACAAUCUCAUGAAUAGAAGUUUUUCUGCAUUGUUGAAUGUAAUAAAAUUUCUCACUAUUUAAAUAAACAUUUACUUUUCUAAGUCUGUAUAUAGGUUUGUAUGUUGUUUUUUUUUUUAAGACAUGCUUAUGGUUUAAGAGAUCCAUUUUAAGAUAAUGUAAAGUGAUUUAUUAGUAAGACAACUUUGUCUUUGCCCUUUCAAGGUUGAUGGAUUAACAAAAUUACUUUUUAGUUUAGCAAACGUGCAUAACUAUAUUAAAAUGCCUCAACUUUUUGCUGCUCUUCACCUUCAUUUGUGGUUGUUUAUGCAAGUAAAAUGCAAAUUUGCUGUCAAGGUUAAUGCAAUGUAUUUAGUGAAUGUGAUGUUUAAGGACUUUUAAAAUAGAAAUCUCAUACUGCUUAUUAAUAUUUUGCAUUGAAAUAUGACUUUUUGGCUAGAAAAAUGUAUAUGUUAUAGUAAAAGAAAGUAUGUUAAACUUAUUCACUAAUGAUUUUUAGAACCUGCUUAAAAUUAGCAUUAUGAAGGUUAGAAAAUUUUUAAUUAUAGUGAGAUAACAAAAAAAUUUGAGACGCGCCAUGAGAAAACCAACAUAGCGGCUUUGCGACCAGCAUGAAUCCAGACCAGCCUGCGCAUCCGUGCAGUCUGGUCAGGAUCCAUGCUGUUCGCAAAGCCACUAUGUUGGUUUUCUCAUGUCACGGCUCAUUUAAUGAUUUACUCACUUAUUGUAUAUCAAUAUGAAUCAUGAAUUCUGAAAGAGUUUUAGAAGUUGUGUAGUCCUGCAGAUACCAGUGGCCUGUAUUUAUUCCUUUACUAUGCUCUUGUAUACUUGUGUAAAUUUGUAUGCAAGUGCUAAAAUGAUUGUUUUUUGUUUUAUUUUGAAAAUGUCAAAUAUGUAAUAAAAUAAUGCAAGGAAAUUUU